CCGAAAUCCGUGUCCGAAGUCCUUCUCAUCCACUGGCUGGCCGUCAAUGGUGAAAUGCUUACGGAGAGUCUGCAGCUACCUCGCUCCGCGAUGACACAAUUAGUAAUGGUAAUUUUGGCCUAAUAUAAUACAGGUUUGUCGCUGUACUUCCACUAGAAGAUAUGGAGAUAAGCGGUUGCUUUGGCCCAAGCAACCCCAGAAUUCCUUUCUUAUGUCCGGUUAUCGCCGUUAUGGUCUUCUACUCUGCCAAAUCAUUUAGAUAGACACUUGGGGGUAUAACUAUCCUGACUAUCGACACCUUAGAAUCAUAGCAGAUCCCACCCAUGAUUGAAGUUUAAAGCAUCAUUUUGUUUUUAAUUUUUCUCCAAAUCAUUAACUUGAACUGUACUUCAAACAUGUCUCAGCAAAAGUUCAACAAGCUUGCGAACACCCGCAUCUUGAUCCUCGGGGGCACAUCAGGCAUUGGCUUCAGCGUCGCCGAGGGAUCGCUCGAAUAUGGUGCUUCGGUGGUGAUCGCUUCUUCGAACCCCGAGAAAGUCGAGAAAGCAGUGUCCCGUCUUCGUGACGCCUAUCCCAACCUUUCGUCCCGCAUCUCCGGCCAGGCUUGUGACCUGUAUACCCCCUCCACUGUGGAAGCAAGCCUAGAAUCGCUCCUUGCUUUCGCCACCAAGGAUGGUAAGAAAAUCGACCACGUCGUGAACACGGCCGGUGGCCCAGGUUCGCGUCCGCCACUUUCUGAAAUCACGCCCGAGCAGGCGAACACUGGUGGCCCACGUCUCGCGGGCAUCUUGAUGCUGGCUAAGCAUGCACCCACGUAUAUGGAAGCCGGACCCCAGGCAAGUAUCACCCUCACGACGGGGACCAUGCUGUUCAAGCCGCUCAAGGAUCAUGUCGCCGGAAUCGGAUCGGCUGGUGCGGUUGAUGCAACCGCGCGUGCGCUCUCAAUAUCACUAGCACCCCUGAGAGUGAAUGUCGUGGCUCCUGGCGCCAUCGACACAGAAUUAUUGCAAUCAAUUGGGGGUGAAAAUGAAGCGGUGAAGAACGCUACUUAUCAGAUGUUUCGUGAUACGAACUUGCUGGGUAUUCUAGGCCGGCCAGAGGAUACGGCUGAGUCGUACUUGUAUCUUAUGAAGGACCGUUUCAUCACCGGACAAACUAUUUUGACCGAUGGAGGGAGGCUGCUCAAGUAACAGUCUCUUUUGGAGAUCCCGUCAUGGCAAUAGUUUAUUUUUCUGUUAUGGCUCCUAAUGGGCCUCACUCAGUGUCGUUGGUAGCCAAAUAUCGAUGCAGACUAUUUAUAUCAACAAUUAAGAUAGCUGAAUUAGCCCCUGAAAAGAGUCGGAUGGAACUAGUUGACCGGCUGGUAGGAAUUCUA